UUGGCGUGCGCCUAGCUUACCGGUGCCGUGCGCGCACCUGCUGCGCGGCGCGCCGAGUGGGCCAUGGGGGGUUCCCUUGCCCCCAACGGCUCCGUGGGUGUCACACCCAAGCUGGACCCCCGGCGGAGCGGCGGCGCUUCCUCCUCCGCUUCCACGGUGAGGUCCAGGCCGGACUACCGCGGCUGCAAGAACGGGGCCCUGAUGGACAGCUUCGGCAUCUUCCUGCAGGGGCUCCUGGGGGUUGUGGCCUUCAGCCUCCUCAUGCUGAAACGCUUCAGAGAACCAAAGCAUGAAAGACGUCCUUGGAGAAUUUGGUUUUUGGAUACUUCCAAACAAGCCAUAGGGAUGAUGUUCAUCCAUUUUGCCAAUGUGUAUUUAUCAGACCUUACCGAAGAAGAUCCCUGUUCACUAUACCUUAUCAACUUUCUGCUAGAUGCCACCUUAGGAAUGCUGCUAAUUUAUGCUGGUGUCCGAGCUGUAAGCAGUGUUGUUGAACGGCAGCAAUGGGAAUCUCUUCGUUUUGGCGAAUAUGGAGACCCCUUGCAGUGCCGUGCCUGGGUAGGCCAGUGUGCGUUGUACAUAGUUAUCAUGAUGUUUGAGAAAACCAUCAUAAUUAUAGUGCUCCUAAUACCUCAGUGGAAAGAGAUAGCUUUGUUGAAUCCUAUAGAGAAUCCUCAGCUGGAGUUGGCUAUUGUGAUGCUGAUAGUCCCCUUCUUUGUAAAUGCGUUAAUGUUUUGGGUUGUUGAUAACUUCCUUAUGAAAAAAGGAAAGACAAAAGCUAAACUUGAAGAGAAAGAACCAGGUCAGGAUUCAAGAAAUGGGAGCAAAGUUCGAUACAGGAGAGCAGCAUCGCAUGAGGAAUCAGAGUCAGAGGUUCUAAUUUCAGCAGAUGAUGAAAUGGAGGAAUCCGAUGUGGAAGAGGAUCUUAGGAGACUGACUAAUUUAAAGUCUGUUAAGAAAAAGAAGCAUCGCUUUGGUCUGCCCGUAUGACAGGCUCUGCGGCCUGGACACUUGCAGGUUAAUGAUGGAUUUCUCCACCUCUGUGGAUUUUCACUUGGCCACAGGAUGCUUGUCGCCUCAAGACUGUGAAGCAAAGGGAAUACAGACCAUUAGAAACACUCCCUGUUCAGUUGCACUAUGGAAAAUAUGCAAGAGUCUCUUCUCAACGUGUGUUCACAAAUUCUUGUCACCAAGAUGGUUUGGAUGGAUGGGAACCUUUAGAACACAGGCAUAGAAUGCCAUCAUUUCAGCUGUGGUUCCACACUCUGAAAGGAACAAGAGGGUUGACAAAAUUUGAAUCAGUAUGUUUUAUUACAAAAAAACCUGUUUUUUGCAGCAUACUGCUGAAGCAGAAUAGUUUUACAGUUACAAAUUAAUGGUACCUAUGGAACUAAUGGGCUGCAAAGGUUUUUUUUUUUUCCAAAUCUCUUCUAACCUGUUUAAACUUUUAUAUUUAAGUUAUAUUUUCAUACUGGGAUAUUUAAGGAUUCUCUUUGUCAAAGAAAUUGUGCUGUUACUUUGUGUGUGUGGUUAAAAAGGUCAGAUUUGCAGCAAAAUGGUUUUCCAUUGUCUGUCUCACACAAAGGAGGAUAGUGCAGGGACAAAGGGAAAUGGUAGCUGAUUGCUUUCUAGAAUGAGAUGGCCUUGCUCUGAAGAGAAUCAGAAGCCCCCUCGAACAAAGACACAAGUGGCGGCAGCGAUCACUUUUGAAACAGGGCUAUUGUUCUGUGUGUAUGCUGAGCACUUCAGCAGAAAAGCAACAAAUAGGGGUUCUCUUCUGUGUAUCAACUAAACACUUAAAGCUAUUUUGAUAAUGAUGGUUUCUUCAGUAUUUGCAAAUCAUCUGAUCUCACAGCAAAACUAUUCCAAAGCUUCAGCAAACAUUCCUUUUCUUGAAAAGCUAAUGUAGUAUAGGUAAGAGCAUUUUUGCUUCUUUUCAGUACAAUUCAGCUGGCUGCUAGAGAGUACAUGAAUUACUACGGCUUGUUCUCCAUUUUUCUCUUUGUUAAGUCUCAUUUCAGCUGGAUAGACCAGAGUCAAAGCAUAGUAUAAUGAAUACAUUCGUUGAUUGAUGUUAAGAUCAUUGCAGCUACCCUAGGGUUACUGUGGAUGUGUCUCUGUUGAUGAAUUACUUGUAUGCCUGAUAUCAUUGACUCCCAAUUAAUUACUACUUGCAGUGAUGGCUAGUACCUGUUCGUUUGGUAGGGCAGAGGAAACAGUGGCCAAUGUUAGGCAGAGCCAGCGAAUUCUGGUUUUGUCCUCAUCUUCUCUUGUAAUGACACGAAAAAUAUUCAAGCAGUGGACAGCAGUGCAAUUCUUUAAUAUUGACCUGAACUUAAUAAUAUAUUGGUUCACUAGAUGGAUAUGUUAACGUACUUGCUUCUCUGAUGACCUCUCCAACCUAAUACUUUUUCCAACCAUUUUCCAGUAGAUGUCUAUUCCAGGGAAAGCUUAGGGACAAGGUGGUGCUAUCUAAAGACAGAGACGGAUGUCUUAACAGUGGUCAUCUUGAAAUGUUUUCUUAGUUUUUAAAUAUAGCUUGACGGCUUUUCCUCUGCUCUGCUCUAGAAUGGGCCAGGCCCAGUAGCAGGCUGGCGCAUAGAUCUUCACCUCUCCUUGGGAGGGCUUUGCCAGAUCCAAGUUGGAAGUGGAAGAAUUUAAAUUGCUACAAGCCUGUUACAACUGAAGAAUAUGUAUGCUAUAUUUUAGAAGGUCAUACUUAAACUGUUUUUGAAACUUACUGUACUUCUGAGAAUGCGAGUCAAAAAGAAACAGUGUUAAGCACAAUGAACACAAAUUCUGCAUCUAGGGACCUGAAAUUUGUCACUACUGUCUUGUUAAGAAUGGUCCCACAGAUUUCCUUUUAGGUUUUGUACUGACUACUUUCCACUUGGUCAGUCUUAUCCCUCCACAUAUUUAUUCUCUGUCCCAAACACACAUAUGCCCCCACCAAGGGCUUUAAAAAGUUGUCAAAACUUACUUACUUCCUCCCUCAUUCCCUGCAUAAUCAUUAAAAAAAAUUAAACUAGUGCUGUGCCAAAAUCAUCUUCCUCUAAGAGACUUCUAUCAUAUUCUCAGGGUACUUGAGAAUUAUUUCCCUUGAUGGUGUAUUUCUUGGAGAUGGGAGAAGAUGCCACCGCUGCUGUUUUCUGACACAUUUUUCUAUCAAGAAGCUUCCCUGGCUACCCACCCUUCCUGAUCUGAGAAAGCAAAAGGGAAGCUGAAAAUUGAGAUUGCUGUACAGUUCAGGAUGGGAUGUUCAGAUACAACCCUUGGCCACCUUACCACAAAUAAUGCAGGAACACUACACCACAUCCCUUGAAAUCUCUCUGAAAUUGUCUUUUGGAAUAAUUCUCCAAAUUUGUGUUCAGCUACUGAUAGAAAAAAAUUGCAGGAUAUUUUUUCUGAAUGGCUGAUGUAAACACUACCUGCCAAUCCCUUACAUAUCUACUAUUCACAGUGUGAGCACGCAAGCUAUUUCACUGAAAAACUUCUUUUAAGUGCUUGAUAUCUUCCACUCUAACCCUUUCCCCCCAAAAGACAAUCAGCAUUUCCUCCAUCUCCACCCCUGCAUUCCAAAGUACUUCCCUUCAAUAACUCUAAUAGUAGGACCCUUCCAAGAAUUAAAAAAACUGCUCCGGAUACAACAAUCUAAACUACUGUACACAUGUCCGUGGGUAGUCUGGAUCAAAUAACGCUUAUCCUGCCCUGGCAUCAGCAGGGUAAUCCAUGCAUUUGGAGACACUAUUUGCAACCAUCCUGGUGAGUUGACUGGUUAAUAGGUUCAAUAUCCAUCAGUUUUUUCUCCCUGCAUCAUCUUUAUUUAAUCAAAUUUAGUGAAUUUCUAGGCUGCCCAACUCCAGAACGAACCUAGGCAGCUUUCCCAUUUUUUAAAAAUGUAUAUUAAAAAGACAACACUCAUGUGAGGGGACAACAUAAAUAUCUUUCCCAUCACCCCCAAACUUAAAGAGGGUGCCCAAGGAUGCUAACUCAAGGCCUGGGGGAACAGCUAAGCUUUUUAGGAUCCCCUGAAGGAGGCAUACUCAUCUCCUCACCACUGCUUUUUCUCAAAAAAAAGAGGUCUCCUCUCUCUCCCCACUCCUUCCCAGGCCCUUGUGAGGGGAAAAGAAAUCCCAUUGCUUCCUUCCUAACUCCACAGAGCCAAGACCGAGAGACUCAUUGAGGAGCAAGAUGGCUAAUCCUUUGUUUGUAGGUAGUGGGGUGGGCAGGCUUGACUGGGGGCAGAUAACCAAGUUACAGAAGUGCCUCACGAGCCUUCAGGGGCCAGCCUCCAUUAACGUUUGGCUGUUUCCCAUGCUCAUUUCAAUCAAACAGCAAGAGAUGUCAGGAAAAAAAUGCAGUUUUAUAAUACACACAGACUAUAUUUUGAGCCUUAAACAUACUCACCUACAGGAGCUCAGAUCUUUUCCAAGGCAUUUUCUAUAGUUUUUCUGUGAAUACUUUGCUUUAAAAAUGAUAAGCUACAGAGGAUCCUAGUUUUCAGAGAGCUGAUUGGGCCGUAGGGGACAAAAGUGUUCUGCUGUUUUGGGUGGGUUUUUCUUCUUUUUAAUAGUGGUAAUUCUGGAGAGUGCCUGCAGCCCAUAAGAGAUGUUCUCAGGGUCCUGUCUUGCAGAAGGACAGACUAGAAAGGGUUGUCUUAUACUACACUAUAUUUGCACCAGUACAUUCCUUUUUGUGUUUAGGUUAAGAGAAAAGGAAACCCAAUAUCCAUUUGAUUGUAAUGCUAAAUGAAGCAUCUAUUAAGUGAUAGGGCAGUGCCCAUGAUUAAUAUUGCCUCCUGCCAUACUGGUUUUUAUGUUUUUACUAUAUAAUUCUAAUACUAUGAAUCACUGUUUUAUCAACUGUGAUAUUCUAAAGCAGGUUUUGUCAUACCAGUUUGUCAAGUGGAUAGCAGUAUAUGCCUCUAAUUGUAUGGUAGGAUGAAAACUCAGAAAAAUUUAUUUUUUAGAGAUAGUGAAACAAACAAUGCCAAACACCUGCUAUUUUCUGUUUGCCUUUUGAAUUUUAAUGGCAUGUGUCUAAAUACAAAAACUUUGUUCAUUUUAUCCAGUGACUUCUAUUGGGUACCAUCUGCUUUUAACCAUGUUGGGAUGGGUGGGUCUCUGCGGAGGGGGAACCCAAAGCCUUAAAUGUGUUUAAAUAGUCCACCAUUAAACAAAGUUCAGAUUUACCAUUUUGUGUUGAAUGGCAUUGCACAGCAGCUUCAUUUGAAGCUCAAAAUGUAAUAAUAUUCUUAAGUAUGAUUCUGUCAGUGCUUUUUUGUAAAAUGUUGAUCUUUUUCUAAUGAGACUGAGAUUCAGUUCCUUCUGCACUUAGAAAUUUAUAGUAGAAUGCUGAAUUUGCUGGAUAAAAAUGGUAGCCUUCCCAUUUCCAAAUGGAUGAGAAACAGAAAGGAAAUAACCAGGAUUAGCAUCUCUCAUGAAAUCAUGAUAUCAGAUGUCUAACAAAAUUGUUUUAGAAAUCCUAUGGUCAUUAAUGCAGCCUUCAUUCGCUGACUUAAGUGUUUUAAUGUCUCCUUGACUAUCCUUAAGUAAAAUGUUAUGUACAAAUGUUGCUGGUGAAACAUGUGCUAAGCUUCUCUUCAGGGAAAAGACCUCAAACUCGUUGAAUUGUGAACCAAACUAAAACAAUGUAAAAUGCCCCAUAGCCUUCAGAAGCAGGUGCUUAGCUUUCCCACUAUGCCUUGUUGGAAAAGAAGGCAGUGGGGAAGGAAUGUGCAGCCUUACAUUUUCUUCUUUACAAGCUGGGUCUUUGUGCAUAGCAAACUGCAGAUUUUAGCUUCCAUAUGAAAAGGGUGAUAAUGGUGAGUACACAGAUUCAGCCACAUCAGAUCAUAGGAGACUUGCAAUGAAUCAAAACUGUUGACAUUUUAAGUAGAAUGAUGGGGAAAUUGUCAUUUUAAAUAUAGAAACAUCUUGAAUCUUUUCCUUUCUUUUCUUAAAGAGGCAUUCCAAAUUGAUGUGUCCAUAAAUGGAAAAACUUGGGAGAACGAAAAUUGGAAUCCAGUAGAUGUUCCCCACUGGAGGAAGGGGGCAGAACAGUCCUCCCCUUCUCCAAGGCUGCCUCCUGUGUUGUUCCAUGGAACAGCCUUUUAGAAAGCACAAGGCAGAAGGGGUGAAAAUCAGGACUGGAUCCAGUCGUUGCUAAUUAAAACACAAUGUGGUUUUGGGAUUCAAAGUGAAAAUGAGUAUCAGUCCUACAGAGUUAAAAAGCAAACCAUGAUGCCCACCAGAUCAUAAUUUAACUGUUGGUAUUUCAUGAAAAUGGAAAGGAUAUAUGUUGUACCUAAAUAAUGGUUUACAAUAAAAUCUGAUUUCGUAUAAA